UUCACCAUGAUGAAGGCAGCCCUGGGUAUCUGGAUCCUGUGGGCGGUGAUCUGCACCGGGAGAGGCCAUUACUAUUUUGGUUAUGCCAGAGUGAAUGAUCAUGCAGGCCAAGAAAGUGCAGCUGACAGCAGCCACAACAGCGUCUCAUUGGUGACUGCAGCAAACAAAGAGUUUGCCUUCCGUCUGUACAGGAAGUUAGCAGCUCAUGCCGACUCACAAGGCAAGAACAUCUUCUUCUCCCCUGUUAGUGUGUCUGUUGCCUUGGCUGCUUUGUCCGUAGGAGCACGAGAGGAGACCCACCGGCAGCUUUUCAGUGGUCUGGGUUUCAACAACACCCUACUGACCCAGUCAGAUGUAGAUCAGGUGUUUAAGAUCCUCCUCCAAAGGGCAAACAAGACAUCUAAUGAAGACCUCAGUGAGGGGACGGCUGUAUUUGUGGACAACCGCUUCAAGCCACGACCUGAGUUCCUGGAGACCUUGAAGCAGUCCUACUUUGCAGAGGGGUUCAAUUUUGACUUCACCAAAACCACAGACAGUGCCAAUACCAUCAAUAAGUACGUGGAGGAGAAGACCAAUGGAAAGAUAGACAAGCUGGUCGACAGCCUGGAUCCAAGCACAGUCAUGUAUCUCAUCAGCUACAUCUACUUCAAAGGAAAGUGGGCAACUCCAUUUGAUCCGAGGCUCACCUGGCCGGACAUAUUCAUGGUGGAUGAUUACACCAAGGUUCCAGUCCAGAUGAUGAAUAUGGAGAAGCGCUUUUAUGCCUAUUAUGACCCUAUGAUUCAGACAUCAGUCCUCCACCUGCCCUUGGACAGCUGCUACUCCAUGCUUCUGAUGUUGCCCAACAAUAUGGCAACACUGGAGAAUGUCAUUAGCCCAGAUUUUGUCAGCAAAUGGUUGAGGUUAAUGGAGUGCAGAACAAUUUACGUUUCUCUUCCAAAAUUCUCCAUCAAGACUUUGUACUCACUGAAGGAUGUGUUGACUGAAAUGGGAAUGACAGACAUGUUUGGUGAUCGUGCAGAUUUGAGUGGCAUUGCAGAGGGGCAAAACCUGGCCGUCUCAGAGGUUGUGCACCAAGCUGCCCUGGAUGUCGAUGAGGUUGGAGUCACUGCUGCAGCUGCUACAGGGAUCGGCAUCAUGGUUACAUCUUCCUUCUACACCCCUAUUUUGCAGUUCAAUCAUCCCUUUAUGGUCAUCAUCACUGAAAGCAACACAAAAAACAUCCUCUUCAUGGGAAAGAUCAUCAACCCAAACGUCUGAUGUAACAAACACUUUGUUUUUACAGCUGUUGCAUCACCUAUUAAACAUUCAGAUAUUUUGUUA